AACCCGACUAAAGUAAACAGACAAGACAAUAAUUCCUAGUAUCAAUUGUAAACAAAAUUUUGAAGUGCUGUGCAUGUUUUAAAGCACAAUUUCAAAAUAUAAAUAAAGUUUUUAGUUACAAUAAAGUAAAAUUCAUUAAAAAUAAACAAAAAUGGCCUUUUUCGAAACAUGGGUAUAUCCAAAUGACCCUCCCAAGGCAUGCGAAACAUUAUUUCAAGACGAACGGAAGUUAGUUAUUGUUGGAGUAAUAGGUAAAUCUGCGUUUCCUGAUUGCAAUAAAAUGGCAGGACUCAAUGUCUUGCAUUCGCAUCCUUCCCAUUUGAAUUAUGAAUCCAAUGAGGGCGAAAUAAGAUUCUACUAUAGCAAGUCGGAAGAUGUACUUUUCUUACAUUUCCAAACAACUUACGACGAAUACUGCAUGCGGGACGCAAUGGUUAAAGAAAUGGAAAACUCCCAGUACGGUCGUCAUUUAAAUUUCAACCAAUAUGUGAGAAAUAGAUUUGCAAAAAUGUUACUUUUCGCAACCCAAGUUUGUCAUAUCGUGGUGUUUGUUGAACUGAGUGUUACCUUCGAUUCAUCAUUGAUAUCAAUUUUUAAAUCGUUGAAACUUAUAAGAGAAAGGCAUGUCCUUAAAUUCCUUCCAAAAUUAAUGAAAAGCUCAAGUGCAUAUCUCGGAAAAGGCUAUCGCGUUUGUUCUCCAAGAUGUUUAUUUUUCUUUGAAAACUAUCCAGAUGGAUAUGAUAAAACAGAAGAAUCCAUUUCAAAACUUGAAUUCGAAAUUGAAGAUAAUAUUUAUAAGAUGUUUCGAAAUGAGCUAAUCAUCCCGAAUAAAAGUGGAACGCCACUCUUUUCAUUGCCUGGAAAUAAACGGUUUGUGUAUUACAAUACAGACGAUAAAAUACGAGAAGAUCCCCUUUUACAAACACUUCAUGAACUACAAUGUUCUUUUGAAAAGAAUAGUUAUUUUAAAGACGACACUAAGAGCAACUUGGAAGAACUCCGUCUGUUUGGUGGUUUCGGAAUACCUCUUGCUCAAAAUGUCGAUGCGGUUAUUGAAGAACAACCAAAAAGGAAUAAUUUUAUGAAUUUUUUGAAAGAUCAUAUUAAAGAAGCCUUACAAUUUGGUUUCGAUGAUGGUGUUUCAAAAUUCAAAAGCAAAAAUAAUUUUUUGGUUCCCACUGUGAGGACGUGGUAUGAAACUUUUAAGCUCUUUCAUAACAUCUUCGUAGAAAAUUUCGAUAACCCAAACUAUGAACCUGCAGAUCCAUCCUACAAAUUUUUCCUGGAAAGUUUUGAGAAACUAAUGGACAUAGAUGAAGGAUUUUUUUCAAAGUGUUGCGAGAAUGGAAUUAAAAAAGCUUGUAAUCUCUAUAAUAACCCAGUUUUGAGUCAUUAUGGAAAGUCAUUUCAAAAUGCAUUGAUCGACGAAGCACUAUCUGUGUAUUCUGCUCAUGCAAGGGGACCUAAUGUGGAUAAAUCUGAACAAAAACUUGUGGACAAUUUUGAACAGUGCUGGAUUGCAGAAAAACAUUCGGAAUCCCUAAAUUUCCGUUCGAAAAAUAACACGAUGUGGAAACAAAGUCGCAAAGACUGUUAUGCAAAUUCAAAUAGUAAUAAUUUAGCUUCAACUUGCAACUGUAGACACACACAAUCUUCUCGUGAAGAUCCAUAUAUUAUGCGGCAGGAAAAUUAUGAGUUUUACCAAAUAAUACCAGAUGUUUGUCUAUUUUGUGUAAAGAAUAAAAAACCUGGGCUAUUGCAUUAAAGAAAUAGCUUUGGUUUUAACUAAGCUGACAAAAAGAUCAUUGAAAAGAGGUCAGGUCUUUUUUUUAAUAUAUAAGAAUUUUGUGUCCGGUAUCUUUCUCUUGGUACAAAAUAUUAGUUUAAAAAUUGAUGUUUAAAUAAUUAAAUAGAGAAGGUACACGGAGCUCUCAAAGCAACAUAUUUUUAUCUAUUGAGAAAUAAAGAAAUUGAAUGUC